UAUGUUUGUACUCAUUGUUGAUUUUUAAUCUCAAGGUAGCUCACACAUUCUAGAUGCUAAACUCUUAUGGCUCUCUAUGUUGUACCUUUAUGGCUUCCUCUUAUCUUACUUCUGGCACUACUGCUUCUAUUUAUGAAGAAGAUGGAAGUUAUGAGAAAGAGCGAGCAGCUUCUUCCUCCAAGCCCUCCUAAGCUUCCAAUUUUAGGCAACUUGCACCAACUUGGAUCACUGCCUCACCAAUCUCUGUGGCAACUCUCCAAGAAAUAUGGCCCUGUCAUGCUAAUUCGACUUGGUCGAAUACCAACUGUCGUAAUCUCCUCUGCUGAGGCAGCAAGAGAGGUCUUAAAAGUUCAUGAUCUUGCCUUUUGCAGUAGACCUCUUUUAGAUGGGACUCGGAGACUCACGUACAAUUAUCUAGACAUAGCAUUUUCACCAUAUAGUGAUUACUGGAGAAACAUGAGGAAACUUCUUACUUUGGAGCUAUUCAGCUUGAAAAGGGUGCAGUCUUUCCGGUUCAUCAGGGAAGAAGAAGUUAGCUUGCUGGUCAAUUUUAUCUCUGAGUCAUCAGCGUUAGCAGCACCUGUUGAUCUUACUCAGAAGUUAUAUGCUCUCGUUGCGAAUAUAACAUUCAGGAUGGUUAAUGGAUUCAAUUAUCGAGGGACUAGCUUUGAUCGAGAUAAAUUUCAUGAAGUGGUUCAAGACUCCAUGGCUGUGUUGGGAAGCAUCUCAGCAGAUGAAUCCAUCCCGUAUUUAGGGUGGAUUGUGGAUCGGCUUACUGGUCAUCGUGCAAGGACUGAGAGAGUUUUCCAUAAAGUAGAUACUUUCCUUCAGCAUUUAAUUGAUAAUCAUCUUAAACCUGGAAGGAUAAAGGAGCACGAUGACAUGGUAGAUGUUCUGCUGAGCAUAGAGAAGGAGCAGACUGAACUUGGUGCAUCUCAGUUCACAAAGGAUAAUAUCAAGGCAAUCCUCCUGAAUUUAUUUCUGGCAGGAGUAGACACCAUUUCACUGACAGUGAAUUGGGCAAUGGCAGAACUCGUUAGGAAUCCAAGAGUGAUGAAGACAGUGCAGGAUGAAGUUAGGAAAUGUGUUGGAAAUAAGGGAAGAGUUACUGAAAGCGACAUCGAUCAACUUGAGUAUCUCAGGAUGGUAAUAAAAGAAACUCUGAGACUGCACCCUCCUGGCCCACUACUUGUCCCAAGAGAAACCAUGUCUCACUGUAAAGUCAGUGGUCAUAAUAUCUAUCCGAAGAUGCUGGUCCAAAUUAAUGUCUGGGCAAUUGGACGUGACCCCAGGUACUGGAAGGAUCCUGAAGAGUUUUUCCCUGAAAGAUUCCUUGAUAGCUCCAUUGACUAUAAAGGACAAAGUUUUGAGUACUUGCCAUUUGGAUCUGGUCGAAGAAUUUGUCCUGGGAUGCAUAUGGGAUUUAUAACAAUGGAGAUUAUACUUGCAAAUCUCUUGUAUUGUUUUGAUUGGGUUUUUCCCGAUGGGAUGAAGAAGGAAGAUAUCAACAUGGAAGAGAAAGCUGGUGUUAGUCUUACUACCUGUAAGAAGACACCUCUCAUCCUUGUACCAGUCAACUACCUUCAGUGACUAUCAGAAGAUAUCAUGAUCUCAUAAGCAUAUCUACAGUUUCAUGCACUUAAGAAUGUAUGAUUGUGCUUUUCUUUCUUUUUAGCUUUUGUUACGAAGGAUAGGCUCGGAUCAGAACACCUCUUUCGAGGUGGGGGACAUGGAUGCCAUUGAGCCAGAGGCUCAUGGCACUUAAAAGUACGAUUUGUGUACGACUGUAAUAUAUGCGAGUAAUGUGUAUGUAUGUGCUUGUA